UUUCGAAACCACUUCCUCGGCUCUUCCUUCCGACGGCAAGGAAGCCUUCCGCCUCGACCUUUUCCUACCCUCGCCUAGAUCGCACCGAGACCGAGCGUUCCGGCAGGAACGAAGCGGACUGAGGAAUCCCCGUUCCCGUCGCGCGAUCUGAUUGGUCCCUCGGUCGGGGCGUUCAGGGCAAUGCUGCGCGGAUCGAGCUGCUGCUGAUCACGAAUUUCAUCCUGGUAUCUUUUGAUUGCUAUGAGCAUUGGAUGAAGUUAAUGCUAAUCUAUGGAAGUGGAUGGCUCACACGGUGCUCUAGUUAAUAAGAGUGAAGACAAUGACUUCGAAAAGAAAGGCAGUUCCGAUCCUGUGGUUUACCAGCUAGUUCGGGUUGAAGGCGAUGGAACACUUGUUCCUGCUACAGAGGAUGAGGUUUUGCAGUUUGAACAUUUCCUUCACGAUGAGAAGGUUGAUCUCCCGUCUAUUGAAGAUGUAGGGCAUGUAGAGGAGCUUUUCAGCAAUGAUUGCAUGUUACUGAAAAAGUCUGACUUGGAAGGGGGCUCUUCAAAAUUGGAGACCACAGAAGUAGGCACUCAAAAAUUGGGUGCUGACUUAAAGGAAAACAUGUUACAGUCACAGGAUGAUUCCCUUAGUCCUCCAGCAAAGUGUACAGUUGUUCAUGGUCAGCAGACAGAUAAAUUGCACACAGACCAAGGGGACAACAACAUCGUCCAACAGGACAACGCUUCAACCAAGACUACAAACUCAAUAGUGUUAAAUGACUCUUGCAUUGCUGAAAAAGACAAGGCUGAUGUCUGUUCAAGACCUGUAGACAACAUAUCUACAGGACCAUUUGUUUCUGGAGUUACUAGUUCAGUGCCUGAUUUUUCCAUUUUAAGAGGAGAAGUCUGCCUGGAUGAUCUUACAAUUAGAGAACUUCAGGAAACAUUUAGAGCCACAUUUGGGCGGCAGACUACUGUGAAGGACAAGUUAUGGCUCAAAAGACGAAUUAUAAUGGGCUUGACCAAUUCCUGUGAUGUUCCAAGUUCAGGUUGUGUAGUUAAAGACUAUAAAAUUGUUGGCAAGGAUGCCAAACAUGAGAUACCAAAGAUGGAUGAAAUACCGAAGGUUGAGCUUCAAGCUACUUAUUUGGUCAGGGACCAAGUCAUAGAUCCAGGAAACGAAGGAGACUCACCAUCUAGCUCUUACUAUCAGAGUGAGGACCAACAAGGAUCCUCCAAGAGGCUCAAAAGAGUACCAAUACAUAACAAUGAACCGCAAGGAAAUCUUGUGGCCGACCAAUGCACUAAUAAGAGAUCUAGGAAGCCAACAAAAAGGUACAUUGAGGAGUUUUCAGAUAUUGAAACUCGUGACUCCACUGGAAAACUUUCUUCACCAGCAAAAAAGCCUUCAUACGAUGAGGUGUUUCUGAAACCGUGGGUAACACCUUUCCAUGAUGUUGAUUCAUUGAGUACAAUCUAUCCUACUAGAAAAGAUACUCUUGGAGGAUUUAGUGUACAAAUUCCUUAUGUAUCAAGGAUGAGAAGGGGGAGUCGGCGCCCUAGGAAGGACUUCAUUUCAUUUGUGGAUAAUGAACCUUCUGUGGAAUGUAGUGUGGCUCAGAGAGCAGUUGGUGUGAUGUUGGAAAAAGAUGGUGUAGAACGGAACCACGUGAGGAAAGCAUUUGAAGUUCCACUAGUGGUAAAUGUUGAGAAAGGACAUAUAGAAGCAGCUGAUAAUAAGGGGGUUCAGAACCUACAAACAAACAUUUACAAUGCUGGUGCCAAGCCCAAAAUGAAGCGGGGUUUGACGCGGAAGCAUCACCGAGCAUGGACACUGUGUGAGGUCAUGAAGCUGGUUGAUGGUGUGGCUCGGUUUGGAGCUGGCAAAUGGUCUGAGAUUAGAAAACUUGCCUUUGCCUCGUAUUCUUACCGCACUUCAGUGGAUCUCAAGGAUAAGUGGCGGAACCUGAUCAGGGCCAGCCAGACACAGCUUCCUGCGCAAAAAGAUGGUGGCUGUCCACGGAAGAUUAACCCUUCUAUCACACCAAUACCACCAUCCAUUUUGUUACGAGUGAAGGAACUAAAUGAGCUGCAGUCGCAAGGGGGCGGCUUCACGGCGCCAAUCAAGUCCUCUGGGCAGAACAUCAAGGUUGUACAGGGAAAAGGGUCAGGAUUUUUGUGAUCCGUGUAAUGCAGAUAGAGAGAGAGAAAAAAGGCUAGCAAGAUAGUUACACGCUUUUGGACGAUGGAUUGUACAUAUUAUUACUACGAAGUUGUGGUCACGUUAUCCGUCUGCAAAAUGUUCUCUACAAAUGCAUUGCACGUUGUCCGGUGUCUCCUGUGAAAUCGAGCUGGAGCAUGCUGCUUGUUGUCCAGAAAA